ACUCUAAUUUUAAUUUUUUGUUAAAUUAUAGUUGUAUUGAAUCACAAAAGAGAAUAACAUCCUUUUUGGAAAGCCAGAAACAUUCAGAAUCAAUCGAUCACGCAUUUCUCAAAGACGAGUAGCAUCAUCUCAUCUUCCUCUCCCAUGAAUGUUGGAAGCCUAACUUUCAAAUCCUAGUAUUUCCCCACUGUCAGAUCGUUCAGUCGAUCAUCGCGUUUCUUCAAAAAUCUAGGGUUUCGGAGCACACAUAUUUACAGAAACAAGGGAUCUGAGGGUUACGAAUAUGGGUGCCCUCAUGUCGAAGUUUUGGUUCAUGUUGUUUCCUGCAAAGGAAUACAAGAUCGUUGUUGUUGGAUUGGAUAAUGCUGGAAAAACGACGACGCUUUACAAGUUGCAUCUGGGUGAGGUUGUAACUACACAUCCUACUGUUGGUAGCAACGUGGAGGAGCUUGUUUAUAAGAACAUACGCUUUGAGGUGUGGGAUCUAGGCGGACAAGAAAGACUGAGAACAUCCUGGGCUACGUACUAUCGUGGGACCCAUGCUGUGAUUGCGGUUAUAGACAGCACAGACAGAGCUAGGAUCUCAAUCAUGAAGGAAGAACUGUUGAGGCUUCUGCCAAACGAGGACCUUCAAAAUGCAGUCAUCCUGGUAUUUGCAAACAAACAGGACCUCAAGGAUGCAAUGACACCUGCUGAAAUAACAGAUGCCCUUUCCCUUCACAGUAUUAAGAAUCAUGAUUGGCACAUUCAACCUUGUUCCGCCCUGACCGGCGAUGGUCUCUAUGAUGGCCUUGGGUGGAUCGCCCAAAGAGUUACCGGAAAACCAACAGCCUAGACAAACAUAUAUAUAGUCUGUCAUGUACAAUCUGAUUUCAUCAUAAGCUUAUUGCUUUCCUUUGAGAUUGUUUCUUAUUGAUUGGAAAAAGGGACGUAUAAAUCGAACAUCAUAUGGCGACGGAUAUCUUUUAUUUGUGGAAUUUAUGUAUUCUUACUUAGUUACU